AUGGUGAAGCUACAUAAUUGUCUAGUGGAAAUCACCAAUGAGACGCAAUUCCCUAUGACGUAUGUGCUGGAUUGGUAUGACAGUGGACGAGUCGCGGAUGGUUUCACAUGGCCUCCGACUAUUAACGCAAACGAUCAUCAAACAGUCCUCAGCUAUGAAAGAGACGACGCUUUGGCAGGAUGUUCAGGGUACGUUACCUAUAACAUGAACGACACCGAAGUCACAAUUGCCUUCUCCAAUCCAGAUAUAGGAUUCAAUAAGCUUGGAGUGGGGACCGGAGGAAAGGAGGUCUGGGAUGAGAUGGAAAGCCAUGAUUACGAGGAUUUUACUCAAACCAUAGUUUGCGAUAAUGGGGUGAUUUUGUUGUGCUACUGCAAGUGCACCGGUGGAACAACCAACACUUGUACUGUCAACCUGACUCGAAUAAAACAAUAGAGAAUGUUCACGGACGUAAAUAGGGAGUUUUUAUUAGGGAGCUUAAGCAACAACGUUUUUGAGCGACGCACGUCAACCGGAAGUGGCCUUUUUUCAUUUUUUGACGGUGGUUUCGCGCAAAUUUUCAGUCAAAUCGCCGCUAUAACAGUAAAGAAGCUAAGGAAUACAAAUUUUAUAUCAUCAAGGCAUGUUAAGAGGGAAAAUACCUCACUUCCGGUUGACGUGCGUCGCUCAAAAACGUCGCUGCUUAAGCUCCCUAUUGGAUCAACAACGGCGACGGUAGCGAGAACGACAAAACAACAACUUGCUUUGUACGUGUAUAACGCUUUUUGUUCAUUUCUUUGCUGUCGUUGCGCGACUACUACGUGAAACUUCUCAAAUCAACGUUUUAUGAAGGACGUGAACACAAGAAAACGACUUAUUUUUCUUUUUCCUAACUUAGAUAAAACCUUUAGAGUUCAACUUCAGAAAAACUGGCCAACAUUUGACACUGAAAUAAUAGGAGACAAGGGCACCCAACGGCAAUUUUCGGGAAAAUAUCUGUUCGGAAGACGAUUUGAGAACUAGAAUUUUCGGAACAUUUUUUGCAAAAUUUCUUGCUUGCCUGCCUCUCCUAGGAUUUUCGAAGAUCUACAAAAUGGUAUAAUUACCCAUUUUAAACGGAUAUUUACCCUAAAAAAGGCCACCUAGAAUUUUCGGGAGCCUUUUCCUGGCUGAAAUUUUCGAAAAGGUAAGUUUUGAUCCCUAUAAUUUUCGGAUCACUAGACUUUCAGCUAGGAAAUCCGAACAGAUGAAAAGUUUUUAGGGGAUAAAAAUAUGCCUAUAUCUACCGUUUAAAUACUGAAAUACGUUCAACAAUGCUAUGUUAAGUGGUUUUGAACUAUAUCCUCGUUGGGUGCCCCUGAGGAGAUGGAAUAAUAGCGAAGAAGCCAAAGCAGCGGGAAUUCACUCUUUGUGUGACGUUUUCGCUGCCAUCGCCGUUGUAGAUGCUAAAGCUCCGCCAUUUUGGGCAACACCAAUAGACCUUUGUACAUUUUCGAACAUUUUAGUUGCAUUUGUCUUGAAACAUAUGUUUUUCUCAUUGUGUAAAAAAUUAAAACAAUUUUUCAUGAGAAAAUGACGACUUGAACUCGAAAUUCCAAAAAAAUAGUGAAAUCUUUUCGCGCCUUAAUACACAGCCCUAUACAUGUAAAAAGUGUUACGAAGUCAUUGUUGUUAGUUUUGUUUUUGAGAUUGGUAUUUUUAAGCUUUCUCUUAUGUUUAGGGUAUCCGAAUGAUUAUUUUGUAGCACGUGCUAGUUUAUUAAUAAACAGUUGAUAAUCCAAUGAAAUUCAAUGUAUAGCCCACAUGGUUAUAGUUCCUAACUUUUUGAAAAGUAUCGUCUAUUUGAAGGAUUUAAUUUGUUAAAAUUAGUUGUAGUUCUUUGAAGUAGGCAUGUUCAGGGAUAAUUGAAAGCUGACCUUGAGUUUUACCUACGCCGUUUUACCGCUAGCAUUCAAUUGGUUCUUUGGUACUUGUCAAUGCAGAAAAUCAGUUAGUCAGUAAUCGUUUGAACGAGUUAGAUCAAAAUUGACCGAUGUCUUGCGUUAUUAUAGGUUUGGUUAUCGUUGCGAUUCUUUUGUUUUUAUGCUUGUUUAUAGGAAAAUGGAUCCUGAACCGCCGCAUUCGUUUUAUAGCAAAGUAUAUUGGUGUCUUCUGUUUCCAAAUGAAAGGUGCAGCUGUAUUUGACUAGACUGUACUGCGCUGCAAUCACAUUGUAGGCAUAGAAUGUUUCAAGAAACUCAAAGCAAAGCGUAGCUGUCCGUGCGGAGCUACUUUCCUCACAGAGCGCAUAUGAUUAUAUAGUAAUGCACACCCACUCUGGUCAAAUGGCAGCGGAGGAGAUGCAGUAAACUCAUUAUGUUUCGUCGCAAUAGUUUUUUUUUAACCAUCAACAUUAUUUUGCAUUAUUAAACUAGUUAA